AUGGCUAACGAGGAGUAUGUGACAGAUUCCAGUUCGGAUUUCACAGAGUACUGGAUUGAUUCAUUUUUGGGUAUAAAAGGUAACGAGUACUUUUGCGAUAUAGACGAUGAAUAUAUACGUGAUCGUUUUAAUCUUACGGGGCUAAAUCAAGAAGUGUCGAAACUUCCCACACUAAUAGAUAUAAUAACCGAUGUCAUUGAUAUUGACUCCCAACCAGAAGAGCACCGAGAGGCGUUGGAACAUAACGCAAGGAUAUUGUAUGGUUUAAUCCAUGCAAGGUAUAUAUUGACAACCAGAGGGUUGAAUAAAAUGUUUGAAAAAUUUCGUAAUGGAGAUUUUGGGUACUGUCCCAGAGUUCAUUGUCAACUAAAUCCUUUAUUGCCUAUAGGGUUGAAUGACCAGCCCCGUAUGGCAAGUGUUAAAUUGUACUGUUCCAAAUGUGAAGAUUUGUAUAAUCCCAAAUCAGGACGUCAUUCAGUGAUUGAUGGUGCUUAUUUUGGGACUUCUUUUCCAGCAAUGUUUUUCCAAAAUUUCCCAAACAUGAUACCGAUACAUCCAAAGGAAACGUAUGUGCCUCGGGUAUUUGGGUUUAAAUUGCAUGAGUAUUCAAAAUUGAAUAGGUGGAGAGAGUUGCAAAGGUUGAAAUUGGAGAGGAGAUUGGCCAAGAGUGGCAUACAAAUAAAGAAUGUCGUUGGUGGGUUUCAAACUGAUAACAAUCAGCCUGCAUCGCGUAAUGUAUAG